AUGGAGGCCUUGCCAGAUCUUAAGGAUUUAGUGAAGUUGGAGAAGAUACGUCUGGGUGAUAAAGAUCCUAAGGAGCUCAUAUGUCCCUCAACACGGAUGGAGCCAAAAUCCAGAUCAAGUGAUCUCUUAGUUGCGCACAUAGUACUUCCGAAACUGAAGAUGUUAGAGUUGUCUCAUUCUCGAGUCAGUGAACUGCAACUUGGGCAUGGUUCACUCUCAUGUUCACAUCUUAAGAAGCUAGUUCUAUCUGGCGUGAAUCUUGAGAAUGUGCUGGACCUUCCUCAUCAUUCUCGAUUGUCUCAGAUCAGAACAUCUAGUCAAGGCCUUAUGCCUCCACUUUUUGCUUCGAUGCUUUGCGGGAAUUAUAUUAAUCGGAGUGGCAACUUUGUGAUAGAGUUCGCCUUUUCAUUUUACAGAGGCCGCCGCCUCCUCCACUGCCGCCUCCCCGCCUCCCCUCAGUUGCCGCCACCGCCGCCUCCUCCACCACCACCACCCCUGCCUCUGCCUCAGUCGCUGCCACCGCCACCUUCUCCUCCACCGCUGUCCCUGCCUCCACCUUGGUCGCCGCCGCUGCCGCCUCCAUCAUCAUUGCAGUCCUCGUCGUCUUUAUCAUCCAUCUCUACCUCAUCAAGAACCAAUUAUGAAGUGUUCUUGAGUUUUAGAGGUCCCAAUACUCGCAAUGGAUUUGCAGAUUACCUCUACACCAGCCUGAUUAAUGCGAGGAUCAGGGUCUUUAGAGACAAUAAUGAUCUUGAUCCUGGAGAAAAUAUCCCUGAUGCAUUGGUUCAAUCCAUAAACCAAUCCAAGAUAUCAAUACCCAUUAUCUCCAAGGAUUAUGCAUCCAGUAGGAGUUGUCUCAUGGAAUUGGCACAAAUGGUGGUAUGCAAAGAAGCAGAGGCUCCACUGGUCGUGCCCAUUUUCUAUGAUAUCGACCCCGCUGAUUUAAAAUACCAACGUGGAUGUGUUGAGGAAUCCUUCAGUAAGCACGAGCGCCGUAGAAUUGACCGCAAGGAAAUUUAUAAAUGGAAGCAGGCUCUCGGAAAGAUUACUGAGAUGAUGGGAUAUGAUCUGCGGAAGACAAACGAGGGUCAUGGUGCAAUCAUAGAGACAGUUGUUUCAUAUAUUCUAGAGUGGCUGAAGAAGAAUGAUUUAGAUGUGACUGACGGUUUGGUGGGCAUGGAACCCCACAUACGGGAGGUUAUGAAAAAGCUUGGUGUCAUCUAUGUCAAUGAGCAGGCAACCGGAGUACAUGACAAAGAUUUAAUCUCAGACCUCCGAAGGAAAGAACGUAGAAGGCUAGGAACUCUUGAUCAAAUGACUAAUGUCAUAGAAAGUUCAUUUAGCAAAAUGAAAGUUCUCAUUCUUCUUGAUGAUGUGCAUGCUUUUGAACAAAUCAAGCAUUUAGUUAGGAAACUCAGUUGGUUUGGCCCGGGAAGUAGGAUUCUCAUGACAGUUGGAAAAAUCGAUGUUCUUGAUGGUUAUGGAGAUGGAGUGGCUGAUAAGUAUGAGGUUGGAGAAAUGGGGCCUUGUCAAGCUCUUCAACUUUUCCGCAAGCAUGCUUUUAGUGGGUGUACUUGUGAAGAGGAGGAUGAGUAUGAUUCUCUAUCCAGAGAUAUUGUUAAUACCAUUGGAGGGCUUCCUUUGGCAAUAGAAGUAACAGCUUCUUUCUUGCAUAAGAAUAAGGGGAAAAGACAAACAUGGAAAGAUACAUUGGAUAGCUUAAAAAGGAAGCCGGAGAAUAAAGUCCAACAAGUGAUCCAUUCCUUCGAUUUGCAGAGUCCUAGCAAGGUGGAAGCCCUUGGUCUCACAUUUGAUGAGGAACAAAGUGAAAGUUUAAGAUGUGAAAGAUUUAGCCAUCUAGGGAGCUUGAGGUUCUUGAGAUUGGACCGGGCUAUUGUUGGAGGGAGUUCUCACGAUGUAUCUGGCUACCUAGGGCACUUGAGGUUUUGGAGAUUGGACAAGGAUUCUGUUGGAGGGAGUUCUCAGAAUGUUCUUUCAAAUUUAAGGUGGCUUGAUUGGCAAGGGUGCAGUCAGAUCUCUGAACUACUUAUUUUUCAUUUGGAGAAACUGGUCAUUCUUGAUCUAUCUCGCAGUUUGGUCAUUGGAGAUUCACAAGUAUGGGGACAAGUCUUGAAGAAGGCAAAGGAAUUGAAGGUUUUGAACCUAAGUAGUUGUAGUAACCUGAAUGCUUUUCCAGACUUCCAUGCUUUGAUGUACUUAGAGAUAUUGGUCCUGGAACAUUGUUCCGCACUAUCCCAAAUUGAUCCAUUGAUAGGUAAUCUGAAGAACUUAGUCUCCUUAAAUCUUAAAUUCUGCAAAUCCGUCAGCAAAUUGCCGCAAGAACUGUGUGAUAUGAAAGAUUUAGAAGAACUUCUGAUAGAUGGAACUGCCAUUAAGAAUAUUGAUUUCAAGCCAGCCUCCAUGGAGAAACUUAAGAUUCUGAGCGCUUGCCAGUGCAAAAAAUUGGCUCAUAUAUCAGACUCUAUUGGUCACUUGGAAUCUCUUGUGCAUCUUCGACUGGAUGGUGCUGAUAUUGAAGAGCUACCAGAUUCUAUUAAGUCCUUAAAGAAACUUCGGAGCCUGCUUCUAGGAAAUUGUGAGAAACUAUGUGAGCUUCCUCCUUCCAUUGGGAAUCUUGAGUCGCUGGAAGUCAUGGAUCUAUCAAGCACCAAGAUUGCUAGUUUACAUAGGUCCAUCAAGCAUUUGAAAAAUUUGAAAGUGCUGAAGAUGGAGAAUACUCACUUAGAAAAAUUCCCCAAAGAUAUAAAAAAUCUAGAAAAGCUGGAAGAGAUAGAUCUUUCACAAUGCGGGAAUCUGAAGGGGUGGAUCAUCUGUGAUAUCAGAGGAUUAUCCUCUUUGAAAAUCUUGAGGUUAUCAUCUACCGAGAUUAGUAGCCUACCCUGGACUCUUCCAUUGCUCUCUGAUCUCCAACAGCUAGAUUUAAGUAAAUGUGACCAACUUUGGGAUUUGCAAAGACUUCCAUCUAGUUUAAGCAUUCUUCGCUGGGGAUCCAAGACAAUGUGGACUGUGUCAGACCUUUCUUUCUUGAGAAACUUGAAAGAGCUGUACUUGGGUGAUAACUUUAAUCCUACUGAUCCAAUGCAGAAUUCUUCCCCUGAGCCACCACAAAUUGGAUGGUUAGCAAGACUAGCGAGUCUAGAAAUCUUGGAGUUGUGCCACUCAAAGAUUAACAAGCUACCUAAACAUUUUAGUAAACUUCAACUUAGAAAACUUGUUUUACACUAUGCAUGCUUGUGUGACCUUGGGAGCUACCCUCUAGCUUAUCGGUAUUGUGCCUUCAUAGCUGCAUGAUUCAAUAUUCAUUAUUUUCUACGGUGAGAGGUCUGUCUGAAUUAGAACUCAAACGCUGUCACUUGGCAGAGACUAUCAGUCUUAAAGGUUUGAGGCGAUUGGAACUACUGAAAAUAUCUGACUGCAAUGUGCGAAAACUUGAUGGGUUGGAAAAUUUGCCUCAUUUUAGAAGGCUCACUUUAAUGGACUGCCCUUCAUUGACCGGAUUGCCGGAUCGAACAAAUCGUACAUUCGAAAUCGAUGGGUACAAUUUCCCAGAAAAACAAAUAGUCGGCGGUUAUGGUGCUCGCACCGAUGGUUAGAAUAUUGGGGAAAUGCUUCAAGAAUGAUUCCGACUUAUGAGUGAAGAUCUUGCUGCACAGUGGAUUUUCGGUCUAUCUUCAAUAAGAAGUUGGAGGCUCUUUGAAAGCUCCAUGAUGCGCACCACACGGUCCUUCUCUUUUGGUCCUGCAGUCAAAUUUCCGAGCAGUGUCCUCUCCACCUCUUGGGCUUGGAACUUCUUUGUUGGUAGGCCCGACCUUGGGGGCUUGGACAGGCAAGUUUGUGCUUUGAAAUCUUUUGCCAGCUUUCGAUUUUAAUUUCUCAAUUCUUUCAUUUAUUUUCUAUUCUUCUGGUGAAGAUGCAUAAAUGGCAACUGGAGCACAGAAUCCAACAUAAAACUAACAACAGAAAAAUUGAUAUUAGAUAAUUCAAUUUGCCAGUGCUUUGUGCAUGAAAUCAUGGAGCAUUCUUGGCAUUUUAAUUUCUUCAUUUUUCGCUCGUUUUUGUCAUUCAGAAGAAGGUGGGGACAGAUUUAGUAGCAAUAUACUGGGUGGGCAUGGAUCCUCAAUGUCAGAAUGAUGAUUGGGCAAAGACUCUACUUGGUGGAGGAGGAGAGAUGGCUGGCUCUUUUGUUUGGAUGGGAGUUUGUAGCCUUGGAAGUCCGGUGGAUGCACGUUGAAAAGAUAAGCUGAUGGGACUCGAGUCCAACACGUGGCGUCGCAUGCUGCUCGUUCCUUUUGGGCUGAGGCUUAAAAGAUUAACAGGGGAGUCGCAGCUGCAGUGUUGCAGAGUUUGACUCUCAAUCUGGGUCGAUGUUGGUCUUAAAAGUUGUAAGAACAAAGCCUUUCGGGUACCCGUAUCAGUGUUGCAACGAGCGUUAAUCAUUGUGCAAUAUCUGUUCUAAUCAAUACACUGAUCCCGAUUCCGUAUUCUGCAACUUCCAUCAGGCACUGCAUUUUUCCAUCAAACAUUGUUGUGCAUUAUUAUCUGCUAUGCUCGAGCUCUCUCUUAUGAAGGUUCAUUAUGCGACGGUCAUAUGAUUUUAGCACUUCGACAGGCCAAAAUAAUUCGUUUGCGUUUUAUAAAAAGGAUUCUCCACCGUGAAAGCUUAUUACACUACUUAUGGCCAUGUGAUAAGGAGAAGAACCCACAUCCUUUUGUU